UCUGAAGUAUGUUAGAAGUGGACAUUUAAAAGACGAAUUGGCAGAGCAGUGCGUUACUGAAAAUAAGUCUAUUAGAAAGGAAUAAUUGAAUUAGCGAAUUAAAUUCAAAGCGUUUAUGGGUUUACAUCAGCGAUGUGGAAGAUUAUCUUACUUGUUGGUGUAAUUAAUUGAAGUUAUAAUUACGUAGUCAUUUUGGAAAUUAAGUGUAUAAAAACUAAAGGCCACAAAAUGCAUACAAAACCGGAAAUAAGUAUCCUCAAUAAACGCCACCGCAUGCAAAUACUCGCUACUUUAACAGUACACAUUAUGACCUUCGCUCAUGCCGCCGGCAUAGGUUGGCUUUCACCGACAUUGCAUAAACUCCAGUCGCCUGAGUCGCCGCUCCUUUUCCCGAUCACAACUGAAGAGGCCUCCUGGAUUGGUUCUGCCUUUGGAUUGGGUUACAUACCGGGAAAUAUUUUCUUUGGACUCACAAUCAAUCGAUUCGAUCGUAAAUUUAAUUUGUACAUUUUGGCCAUUCCACUAAUGAUAUUUUGGACACUCAACUAUUUGGCACAAAGUGUCGAAUAUCUGUAUGUGGGUCGUUUUUGUGCUGGCGUCACUAGCGCUGGAAUCUUUUUGGCUGUGCCGCUUUUUAUAAGUGAAAUAUCCGAUAAAGAAAUUCGCGGGGCGCUCACUUCCAUGGUUAUGAUGUCCUUCAGUUCUGGCUUGCUUAUUGGUUACAUAAUGGCCACCUAUCUCAAUUACCACAUAAUAUGUUGCAUAAUCUUUGCACUACCCAUUAUUUAUCUCUUCGGUAAUAUAUUCCUUCCGGAGACACCUCAAUGCCUACUGAAACGUGGCUAUGAACAGCAGGCUAAGAUGUCAUUCAUCUUCUACAAAGGCAUUGAAAUUAAUGAUAAUGUUGAACACUCUGAGCAAAAAACAUCAAUAGUAGUGAGCGAAUUCGAUGAGCUUAAGGCGAUCAUCGUGAACGGUGGCCUUGACACGCCGGUCAUGCUCAAAGAUUUUCUAAACAAGUCUACACUCUUCAGUUUUUUCACUGCAGCCAAUUUGUGUGUGCUCAACCAGUUUUCGGGUAGUUUUGCCAUCAUGAAUUAUAUGGCGAAUAUCUUUGCCGAAUCUGGCUCAACAUUGAAUCCGAAUGUCAGCUCUAUUCUUAUGGGAUGCGUGCAGAUGUUGGGAGCAGUAACGGUUAUUGUUUUGGUGGAACGUUUCGGUCGUCGGCCUUUGCUUUUGUGCUCGGUGGUCGGCAUGAUGGCUAGUAUGUAUGGGUUUGGAGCAUUUGUACAAUUUACAGGUGCGGAAACGAAGGCUGAAUACAAUUGGGUGCCUAUCGUUCUCAUGACGUUCGUGGUUUUCAACUCGGCUUAUGGAGUCUUUGGAUGUUUCUUUGCACUCGUGGUUGAAAUGCAUCCAGCGAAGAUUCGAUCAGAGGCUCUAUCGAUUUCUAUGUUAUUUAUCGGUGUACUGCUGUUCAUAACCUUGAAGCUAUUUCCGUAUUUCCUGUUCGAAUUAGGCAUUCCCGUCACUAUGUAUUCGUGUGCCACUGUUUGUGUGGUUGGUGUAAUUAAUUGCAGUUAUAAUUACGUAGUUAUUUUGGAAAAUAAGUGUAUAAAAACUAAAGGCCACAAAAUGCAUACAAAACCGGAAAUAAGUAUCCUCAAUAAACGCUAUCGCAUGCAAAUACUCGCCACUUUAACAGUACACAUUAUGACCUUCGCUCAUGCCGCCGGCAUAGGUUGGCUUUCACCGACAUUGAAUAAACUCCAGUCGCCUGAUUCGCCGCUCCAUUUUCCGAUCACAACUGAAGAGGCCUCCUGGAUUGGUUCUGCCUUUGGAUUGGGUUACAUACCGGGAAAUAUUUUCUUUGGACUCACAAUCAAUCGAUUCGAUCGUAAAUUUAAUUUGUACAUUUUGGCCAUUCCACUAAUGAUGUUUUGGACGCUCAACUAUCUGGCGCAAAGUGUCGAAUAUUUGUAUGUGGGUCGCUUUUGUGCUGGAGUCGCUAGCGCUGGAAUCUUUUUGGCUGUGCCGCUUUUUAUAAGUGAAAUAUCCGAUAAAGAAAUUCGCGGGGCGCUCACUUCCAUGGUUAUGAUGUCCUUCAGUUCUGGCUUGCUUAUUGGUUACAUAAUGGCCACCUAUCUCAAUUACCACAUAAUAUGUUGCAUAAUCUUUGCACUACCCAUUAUUUAUCUCUUCGGUAAUAUAUUCCUUCCGGAGACACCUCAAUGCCUACUGAAACGUGGCUAUGAACAGCAGGCUAAGAUGUCAUUCAUCUUCUACAAAGGCAUUAUCAUUAAUGUUGAUCACUCUGAGCAAAAUACGUCAAUAGUAGUGAGCGAAGUCGAUGAAUUGAAGGCGGCGAUCGUGAACGGUGGCCUUGACACGCCGGUCAUGCUCAAAGAUUUUCUAAACAAGUCUACACUCUUCAGUUUUUUCACUGCAGCCAAUUUGUGUGUGCUCAACCAGUUUUCGGGUAGUUUUGCCAUCAUGAAUUAUAUGGCGAAUAUCUUUGCCGAAUCUGGCUCAACAUUGAAUCCGAAUGUCAGCUCUAUUCUUAUGGGAUGCGUGCAGAUGUUGGGAGCAGUAACGGUUAUUGUUUUGGUGGAACGUUUCGGUCGUCGGCCUUUGCUUUUGUGCUCGGUGGUCGGCAUGAUGGCUAGUAUGUAUGGGUUUGGAGCAUUUGUACAAUUUACAGGUGCGGAAACGAAGGCUGAAUACAAUUGGGUGCCUAUCGUUCUCAUGACGUUCGUGGUUUUCAACUCGGCUUAUGGAGUCUUUGGAUGUUUCUAUGCCCUCGUGGUUGAAAUGCAUCCAGCGAAGAUUCGUUCACAAGCUCUAUCGAUUUCUAUGCUAUUUAUCGGUGUACUGCUGUUCAUAGCCCUGAAGCUUUUUCCGUAUUUCCUGUUCGAAUUAGACAUCCCCGUUACUAUGUAUUCGUGUGCCACUGUUUGUGUGGUUACUGGCAUAUAUCUAUUUUUCUUCCUACCAGAGACAAAAGGCAAAUCAAUGGAGAAGGAUUAA